AUGGGUCUGGUUGCGACGCCUCGGGUGCGGAGAGGCUCUCGCAAACGCGAGCCGGCCCCCACCCAGGAAGCGCCAACCCUGCUCACCAGGCAGAGCCGCAUUUCAAAGCCGCCGCCGCCCAGUGCGCGGGUCUUUGUGGCGGAGGGCUACGGCGCGGAGCUCAUCCGCCGCUUAAUGCAGAACUUGGGCUGGAAGGAGCUUCCUGCGAAGGCGCUCUCCGGCCCUGGUUCUGCACCGCAGCUUCUGUGGAGUGGGAGCGUCACAGGCCGCAAACUCUUCAAAGACGAGGUUUUGCAAUCCUGGCAGCUGCUGAACCACUUCCCACGGAGCGGCGUCAUUGGCUCCAAGAGCGGCUUGCUCUGGAGCCUGCGGGACCACUGUGGCUCGCAAAAUGCUGAAGGCUCCAAGCUCAUGGCUUUCUUCCCCCGGAGCUACGACCUGCGCAGCAGCCGGGAGUUGCAGGCCUUCCUCCUGGACUUUGCAGUGACCCGGGCGGAGUCGGUGCUGCGGGGCAACGAGACGUCCGCAGGGCUGCUGCAGGCCUGCCGCUUGCUGGGCCGGCUCUCUCAUGCGCAGGUGUGCCAAAGCGAGGCGCUCUGCGCAGGCUCUUUCCGCAGCAGCCAGGACUUGGUGGGCUUCACUCAUGAAGAUGAGUGGGUCUUGCAGCCAGGUGGCAGCCCAGCUGCAGCCGCGCAGGCGCAGGCAUUACUGGCGCGCGUGGCCUCCGACACAGAGGAGGGCCUGUUGGCAUCGGCUGUGACGCUGGAGACUCGCUGGUGGCUGGAGCACUUGGAGAAGCAGGAGCAGAGGCAGUUUUCGCUGAAUGGAGUUCACGGCUUCUGGAUGCUCAAGGAGCCCAGCCUCAACUGCGGCCGUGGGGUGCGGGUCUUCUCCGAGCUUCUGCCGCUGCUGCAGGAGGCUGAGCGGGUGGACUGGCACGUAAUUGUGCAGAAGUACAUGGAGCGGCCCUUGCUCGCAGCGGGCCGCAAGUGCGACCUGCGGCUUUGGGUGUGGAGACCCAGCGAUCGCAGCCUGCUCGCGCUGAAGAAGUUGGGUGAUGCCGCUUCACCGGCAGAUGUGCGCCAGAUCUUGGAGCCAGUGUUGGAGGAGUGGCGUCAGAGCCCCCGCCUGGCCACCGCCGUGCUGAGCGGCUUGGCGCGGGGCCACCUGCCGGGCCUAGCGGCGUGUCUGCUGAGAGCCAUGGAGGCUGCGGCGCUGCGCACCGACGUCAUCCACUACAACAGUGUUUUGACGUCGGCGCAGUGGAGGCAGGCGCUGCAGCUGCUGCAGAACGCACAGCAGCGGUGGCUGAGGCUCCAGAGUCUGAGCUGCCGACUGGGCAUCUCCGCCUGCCGCGGAGCCUGGAGCCAGGCGGUGGCGCUGCUGUAUCAGUUCUCGCAGCUGGCAGAUGUGAAGAGCUGUAGCGCUGCCAUGAGUGCUUGCGAGGCAGCCGGGGAAUGGCAGGCAGCCUUGGCGCUGUUGGAGGGGACGAAAGGCCAAGUGGCACUGGACGUGGUGUGCUUCGGAUCUUUGAUUUCUGCCUGCGAGAAAGGCCGCCGGUGGGAGUUGGCGAUCCAUGCUCUGACGUGGAUGGACGACUUCAGGCUGUCGCCUGACCAAAUCUGCCUCAACGCUGCCGUCAGCGCCUGCCAGAAAGCUGCCAUGUGGCAGCAGGCUUUGGAUGUGUUGAGGUCGUUGCCUGAGCGGCGCCUGCAGAGGGACGCGGUGGGCUUCAACAGCGCGCUGGGGGCGCUGAAGUGGUCCCAAGCCCUUCGCAUGGCGCGCCACAUGAUGGAGGAGUCCAUCGAGGCCACCGUGGUGACGUUCAACAGCCUCAUGGGAGUGUGCGAAUGGCAGGUGACUCUGCAGCUGCUGGUGGAGAUGCCUCGCACCAAGCUGGCGCCAAACAACAUCAGCUUCCGCCAGCUGCUGAGAUCCUUGAGCUCUGCGGCGCAAUGGCAGCGAGGCUUGCGCAUGCUGGAGGCUUCUCCUGACAUCGUCAGUUUCAACUUGGUCCUUGCUGCCUGUGCGCAGGCGCAAGCUUGGCCGCAUGCCCUGCAGCUGCUUCAAGGAAUGCCACAGCCAGACCUUGUGAGCUUCAACAGCGCCAUCAGCAGCUGCCGCAGAGUGGGCGACCUCCCGCUCCACUUGCUGUUGGAGCUGAGGGCUGCGGACUUGCGGCCGGACGCCGUGACCUUCAGCGCCUGCGUAGGUGACUGGCGCUGUGCGAGCCUCGUGCUGCGGGAGAUGUCCCAGCAGAUGCUGGAAGCGGGCGCGCCCAGCCACAAUGCUGCCAUCAGCGCCUUCGAGAAAGCAGGUGAGUGGCCUUCCGCGCUGUCACUGCUCGGCGACAUGAAAGCCAGACGCUUCUGCGAUACCAUCAGCUUCAACAGCGCCGCAUCGGCCGAGUGGCCCAGUGCGCUGGCAGUGCUGCAGAGCAUGACGAAGUCAGCACUGCUGCCGGACGCUGUGAGCUACGGUGCGGCAAUCAGUGCCUGCGAGAAGGCCAGCUGUUGGCCUUGGGCUUUGUGGCUGCUGGGGGCCAUGGAGCAAGAGGACGUGGUCGCCUGCUCUGCUGCCAUCUCCGCCCUCGAGAAGGCCUCGCGCUGGGCGGAGGCGGUGGACCUUUUGGCCGCCAUGGCGGAUCGGCAGGUGCCGCCCAACGACAUAAGUUUUAACAGCGCCAUCAGUGCCUGUGCCAAUGAGGGAUGCUGGCAACAAGCCUGGUGGCUGCUGCAUUGCAUGACGACAAGAUGGUUGGAGCGCAGCAUCAUCUCUUUCAGUGCUGCCAUCAGCGCAUGCGAGGGCAAGGCGCUCUGGCGACACGGGAUUUUCCUGGUGCAAGCCAUGCUGGUGGCGAAAUGUACCCCCGACGUCAUUGCUUUGAACUCUGCUUUGGGCGUGUGCGAAGCAGCAAGGCAGUGGCGCCCAGCGGUGGCGCUGCUCGCCAGCGCGGCGGCUUGGGCGCUUCAACCUGAGGUUAUGAGCUGCAACAUGGUGCUGGGGGCAUGCGCGAAGAGCCUUCGCUGGCAAUCGGCCCUCGGACUACUGGAGGAAUUCGAGAUGUGGAGGUUGAAGCCUUCAAUCGUCAGCUUCAACACAGUUUUGAGCGCUUUGGACCAAUGCCAGCUCCCGUGGCAGUAUGCCCUGGGAGUUUUGCAUGGGCGCGCGUUGAGGUGA